CGUGCCGGCCCGGGAGCCGCGGCCCCGCGCCCUCCUUCCCCGCAGCCAUGAGCGCGGAGGUGAAGCUGACCGGCCAGAACCAGGAGCAGUUCCUGCUGCUGGCCAAGUCGGCCAAGGGGGCGGCGCUGGCCACGCUCAUCCACCAGGUGCUGGAGGCCCCCGGCGUCUACGUGUUCGGGGAGCUGCUGGAUAUGCCCAAUGUCAGAGAGCUGGCAGAGAGCGACUUUGCUUCCACGUUCCGGCUGCUCACGGUGUUUGCUUAUGGGACCUAUGCUGACUACCUAGCUGAAGCCGGGGACCUGCCCCCACUCACUGAGGCGCAGAGGAACAAGCUUCGACACCUCUCAGUCGUCACUCUGGCUGCCAAGGUGAAGUGCAUUCCAUAUGCAGUGUUGCUGGAGGCCCUGGCCCUGCGUAAUGUGCGGCAACUGGAAGACCUCGUCAUCGAGGCCGUGUAUGCGGAUGUGCUCCGAGGCUCCCUGGACCAGCGUAAUCAGCGGCUGGAGGUUGACUACAGCAUUGGGCGGGACAUCCAGCGCCAAGACCUUAGUGCCAUUUCCCGAACCCUGCAGGAGUGGUGUGUGGGCUGUGAGGUGGUGCUGUCGGGCAUUGAGGAGCAAGUGAGCCGCGCCAACCAGCACAAGGAGCAACAGCUGGGCCUGAAGCAGCAGAUCGAGAGUGAGGUUGCUAACCUUAAGAAAACCAUUAAAGUUACCACGGCGGCGGCGGCUGCAGCCACGUCGCAGGACCCCGAGCAACACCUGACUGAACUGAGAGAACCAGCCUCUGGCACCAACCAGCGCCAGCCCAGCAAGAAAGCUUCGAAGGGCAAAGGGCUCCGAGGGAGCGCCAAGAUCUGGUCCAAGUCGAACUGAAAGGCCUCGUUUUUCCCUGGGCAUGUGGGGCCCCAGGUGCCUGCCCGGCUGCCCCUCACUGUCCUCAGAGAGCCCUCCUGUGCCCCUGGUCAACUGAUAACCCUAGCUCCUGGCGUUUGACUCCUCCACCCCAGCCUAGGCCACACCUGUGUGAAGGAGGCCAGUUCAGGGCACGCUCUGUUGGCACUUUUUGUCUGUGGGGCUUUUUCCCAAGUGUUCAACUGCUCCCCCCACCCCCGCUUGCUGUCUUCUUUCUUGAGCGCUCAGCUCUGCUCCUGCCCGUUACUUCUGUCUGGAAAGUUCUGGUGGGGGGGUGCUCUGUCUCCAGCACAACUCGCAGGGAUCCCUUCACCGCCACCCUCACCCCUGCAUGCCUGGUCCCCCAUUCCCCCUCCCGUCCACACCUCCUAGGCGGCAUCUGAAGAGCCAUGGGGGGGUCCCCACUUCAUUCCCAGCCUGAGAGUUCUGGGGCAUCUGCCGUCCUGGGAACUGCGGGACGCUUUCAUCCCAUCCCACUGCGGCUGUCUCCCCUCGGUUCCGGGACGAGUGCUGCCCGCCCAGUGACGGAGGAGCCCAAGAGCAGCUGCUGCUUUAGAAGCGGCUCCGUCACGGCUCCGGCCGAGUGCCAGUCCUGGGCGGAUGUGUAUCUCCUGUUGUGAUUUGGUGGGGAGGGGAAAGGAAUAUAGAUUGUAUUAAAAAAGGUAUAUAUGAAUAGAUCUCUAUAUAACAUGACACACAAAUAAAUCUAUAAGAAAUCUCUGUA